AUGGAAAACAGACCACCCUACGAACUCUUCCGAAAACUUGAUCUACAAUUUCAAUUGUCGGACUUUCUUCUGGUUAUCGACAACGAAAUGGAGGAAACUAAAUGGAAGCACUUUAUAGACUUUGCCUUUAAACUGGGCUACAUUAAGAUCCUGAUUCAUUCUACUUUGAGUGGCCGUUCGUACGACAAACUACUGUUUCCCAACCUGAGGCUGAGAUCCACCACUGCAAAGGACUAUGCAGGCUUUCGCGAUUCCUUUGGGAAUCUGAAUCGCUAUCCUGUACGAGUGGCGGCCUACAACAAUGUUCCUCGCAGCUUUAUUUACACGAACUUGGAGGGUAAAAUAAUACACACUGGCUAUUAUAUGAAGUUUGCCCUGGCAUUCCUCAGAUACAGGAAUGCCACAUUUGUGCCAGUGUACACAGGAAGUGAUUCGCCACAGAACUGCACCCUGGCCAUUAAAACUAAUAAAGUUGACAUGUGUGCAGAUGCUCUGUCCAAAAAUCCAAUUUAUUUCACGGUCACCAAUGAGCUUAGAAUUGCAGCAGCGAAUGUGAUUGUGCCCCACGCCAAGCCCCUUCUACUUUAUCGAUAUUUGACGGCUCCUUUCAAGACCAGUGUUUGGCUUUGUUUGGCGAUUUAUGUCAUCCUGAUUGCAGGAUUCAUGAGCCUGAUUCACAGGGCGAGAAUCGGAAGAUGGGACUUUAGCAGACAACUUCUGGAAGUAUUCAACUCCUUGUUGUUUGGGGCCUUCAAGCUGGCGACUAUUUUCGGAGGUGAGAGAUACAUCCUCUUUGGAAUUCUGUUCAUUGCUGGUUUUGUGUACUCCACUGAGUACUCGGGACUGCUUAAAAGUAUGAUGAUCUCUGAGGUGUUUGAAAGUGAGAUAACAACGUUCGAAGAACUGGCGGAAAGACGUAUUCCCGUCCUCAUUGAUCCCUACGAUCGGGCCCUGUUCGAAAGGCACUAUAUGCCGGAUAUCCUUCGGUCUGUAGUUAAGACUGUUCCAUCGGAAACUUUAGUCAAACAUCGCAAUAAUCUGGAUCAAAACUACGCCUAUGUUCUGUUUCCCGAUCGCUGGGGAAUGUUUGAAUAUGCUCAACACUAUCUGAGACAUCCAAAAUUCCGACGGAUUCAAAUCGAUUUCUGCUUUUUGUUUGCCGGGUUUCCCAUGAGGAAUACUUGGUUCUUGAAACAUCAUCUAAGCAGAUCUCUGUAUAAUGGUUUCGAGUCAGGACUGUUGGAUAAAAUGCAAUUCGAUUCGUACCGGGAGGCUGUGAGUCAAGGAUACUUGAACUACACAGUGACGGAGCACCUGGAGGCAAAGCCCUUGGGCUUGAACCACUUUCUAACGACAGCGAUUGCCUUGGCUUUGGGCUACAGUCUGGCUUCGAUAAGUUUUUUAAUUGAGCUUCUGGCUUGGAAAUUUUGA